UCGCGGUCACCGGUCACCGGGCUCUUCCUUGGGCUCAGGGCGCGGAUCAAGUCCUCGGCUCGCUCGGCCAGCAUCGCGGCACCAUGGCGCAGGAGCUGCAGCAUCCGGAGUUCGCGCGCGCAGGCCAGCAGGCUGGGCUGCAGGUGUGGAGGGUCGAGAAGCUGGAACUGGUACCGGUGCCCCAGGGUGCCUAUGGUGACUUUUACGUCGGAGACGCCUACUUGGUGCUGCACACCACCAAGUCCAGCAGGGGCUUCUCCUACCGCCUGCAUUUCUGGCUGGGAAAGGAGUGUUCCCAGGAUGAGAGCACAGCGGCUGCCAUCUUCACGGUCCAGAUGGACGACUAUUUGGGUGGCAAGCCAGUCCAGAGCAGAGAGCUUCAAGGCUAUGAGUCGACUGAUUUUGUGGGCUAUUUCAAAGGCGGUCUGAAGUACAAGGCUGGAGGUGUGGCUUCUGGACUAAACCAUGUCCUCACCAAUGACCUGACUGCGAAAAGACUUCUGCACGUGAAGGGUCGGAGAGUGGUCAGAGCCACUGAAGUUCCCCUCAGCUGGGAGAGCUUCAACAAGGGCGACUGCUUCAUCAUUGACCUUGGCACCGAAAUUUACCAGUGGUGUGGUUCCUCCUGCAACAAAUAUGAACGUCUGAAAGCAAGCCAGGUGGCCAUUGGCAUCCGGGACAAUGAGAGGAAGGGAAGAUCUCAACUCAUUGUGGUGGAAGAAGGAAGUGAACCAUCAGAGCUCAUGAAGGUUUUAGGGAGAAAGCCUGAGCUUCCAGAUGGGGACAACGAUGACGAUGUUGUAGCAGACAUAAGUAACAGGAAGAUGGCGAAGCUCUACAUGGUUUCAGAUGCAAGUGGGUCCAUGGAAGUGACACUGGUGGCUGAAGAAAACCCGUUCUCCAUGGCCAUGUUGCUUUCUGAAGAAUGCUUCAUUUUGGACCAUGGUGCUGCAAAACAAAUUUUUGUAUGGAAAGGUAAAAAUGCUAACCCACAGGAGAGGAAGACUGCCAUGAAGACAGCUGAGGAGUUUUUACAGAAAAUGAAUUAUUCUACCAAUACUCAAAUUCAGGUUCUUCCGGAAGGCGGUGAAACACCAAUUUUCAAACAGUUCUUUAAGGACUGGAAGGAUAAAGACCAGAGUGAUGGCUUUGGGAAGGUGUACAUCACGGAGAAAGUGGCUCACAUAAAGCAGAUUCCAUUUGAUGCCUCAAAACUGCACAGCUCUCCGCAGAUGGCAGCACAGCACAACAUGGUGGACGAUGGCUCUGGCGGGGUGGAGAUCUGGCGCGUAGAGAACAGUGGUAGAGUCCAGAUUGACCCAAGCUCCUAUGGCGAGUUCUAUGGUGGUGACUGCUACAUUAUCCUCUACACUUAUCCCAGAGGACAGAUCAUCUACACAUGGCAAGGAGCAAAUGCUACCAGAGAUGAGCUGACCAUGUCUGCAUUUCUGACUGUCCAGUUGGAUCGGUCCCUUGGAGGGCAGGCUGUGCAGGUCCGUGUCUCUCAAGGCAAAGAGCCUGCUCACCUGCUGAGUUUGUUCAAAGACAAACCACUCAUUAUUUAUAAGAAUGGAACAUCCAAGAAAGAAGGGCAGGCACCGGCUCCCCCUACACGCCUUUUUCAAGUCCGGAGGAACCUGGCAUCUAUCACCAGAAUUGUGGAGGUUGACGUUGAUGCAAAUUCAUUAAAUUCUAAUGACACUUUUGUCCUAAAACUGCCACGAAACAAUGGCUUCAUCUGGAUAGGAAAAGGUUCUAGCCAGGAGGAGGAGAAAGGAGCAGAGUAUGUGGCUGAUGUCCUCAAGUGCAAAGCUUCAAGAAUUCAAGAAGGCAAGGAACCAGAGGAAUUCUGGAACUCUCUUGGAGGGAGGGGAGACUACCAGACUUCACCAUUGCUAGAAACUCGGGCUGAAGACCAUCCUCCUCGGCUUUAUGGCUGCUCCAACAAAACUGGAAGAUUCAUUAUUGAAGAAGUUCCGGGAGAGUUCACCCAGGAUGACCUGGCAGAAGAUGAUGUCAUGCUACUUGAUGCGUGGGAACAGAUCUUUAUUUGGAUUGGCAAAGAUGCCAAUGAAGUUGAGAAAAAGGAGUCAGUGAAGUCUGCCAAAAUGUACCUUGAGACAGACCCUUCUGGAAGAGACAAGAGGACACCAAUUGUCAUCAUCAAGCAAGGGCACGAGCCCCCCACAUUCACAGGCUGGUUUCUGGGCUGGGAUUCCAGCAGGUGGUAAAACCAGCAACUAUCCUGGCUGCAUUGGGGCAGCUGCCCCACUUCGUUGUUGGGGAUUUGUUUACUUUUUGUUAUUGGCUUUUGAAGAUAAACUCCUGCCAAAUGG